AUGCGGUUUUCUAGAAAGUUUGGAGACACUCUAUUCUCGUUAGCAGCCUUCACUCACGUAUUGCAAGUAGUAGACCAAGCACACCCGCCGUCUCAUCAACUCUUCUUCCAUUUCCCGACCUGCAGGACCGCUGCAACUCUCAGCUGCAAGAACGUGUUCGGCAGCAGCCUUCGCCUGACAAGCCGCGCGCGGGCUGCGAGGCCUCAGUCGCAGCGCCGCGUUGCGGUUGUGUCGCCGCGAGCGGUGGAUAUUCUGACGUGGGACGAGGCGAAGGAGGCGGUGGAUAAGGACGGGUACACCAUCGUGGACAUCCGUGACAUCACGCAGUACGAUCGCGCCAGGAUUCCCGGGAGCAUUCACAUUCCCGCGUUUAUCCUAAACACCGACAAUGACGUUGGAACGAUGAUCCGACGGGCGGCUCACACGAGCAUGCCCGGCAAUCUGUACGGCCUGGCGUUCACCAAGCCCAACCCGGACUUCAUCUCCACCAUCCGCUCCAAGUUCUCCUCGCCUGACGCCAAGAUUCUCUUCGUGUGCCAAGAAGGCCUCCGCUCGCUGUCUGUGGCGUCGGACCUGGAGAGGCUCGGAUACACCGACAUUGUUGUCACGGAGGGCCUCAACAAGCUCAAGCCAGGAGUGUUUCCCAAGGAGGGCGAGAGGGAGCUUCAGAACGCAGGAAAGGGAGGGUUUGUUUCCAUCCAGAAGGAAUUCUCCAUCAUUCUCGGGUCUAUCCUCAUCUGCGCUAUUCUCUUCCUCAAGUUCUUCCCAGAGCAGGCUGAGGUCAUCUUUGGCGGCCUGUAA